AUGCUCUCCCGCUCCCUCCAAUCUUCCCGGAUUAGCUUUCGAGCAUCUUCAUCUUUAAGAUAUACCGGAUACAACAUUGGUCGUUUGACCGUGAACCGAACUCUGGCGACUAUUAACACUCCCCGUCCUACACCCGCGGACUCAAUUGCUCCUAGCUCUCGACUAUCCACUAUUUCUCGUCACUUCUCCUCUUCCGCUCUUAAGAACGAACAAUCUUCAAACAUGGCUCCCGUUGAAGUUCAGCAGUAUGACUACAUCGUCAUCGGCGGCGGUAGUGGUGGCAGUGGCAGCGCCCGCCGCGCAGCCGGCUCGAAGGAAGCUGGUGGCUAUAGCAAAAAGACUCUGAUUAUCGAAAGAGGCCGUGCUGGUGGCACCUGUGUCAAUGUCGGAUGUGUUCCCAAGAAGAUGACCUGGAACUUUGCGACUAUCAACGAGACUCUUGAGAUUGGCAAGAACUACGGCUACUCCAACACAGAACAAGUCAAGUUUGACUACAAGCACUUUAAGGAUACCCGCGACAGCGUUAUCAAGCGUUUGAACGGCGCCUAUGAGAAGAACUGGGCCGGCGCCGGAAUUGACCUUGUCCACGGCCGCGCUAGCUUUGCCGAGCCUAAGGUCAUUGAGGUUAAGCUGGACGAUGGUUCUGUCGCCCGCUACACCGCGCCUCACAUCCUGUUGGCGACCGGUGGCCGCCCCAGCAUCCCCUCCGUUCCUGGUGCCGAAAUCGGUAUCACCAGCGACGGCUUCUUCGAGAUGGAACAAUUGCCUCGCAAGAUCGCCGUUGUUGGCGCUGGAUAUAUCGCCGUUGAGCUUGCUGGUGUACUGAACGCUGUUAACGUUGAGACCCACAUGUUCAUCCGUGGCGAGACCUUCCUGCGCAAAUUCGAUCCCAUGAUCCAGGAGACCAUGACCGAUCGCUAUGAAGCUGCUGGUGUCAAGCUUCACCGCAAACACGCGGGAUUCAAGGAAAUCCAGCUUAUCCGCGAUGGCAAGACCGAGGGCGAGGAGCGUCUGAUCAAGCUGAUCAACCACGAUGGCUCCGAAAUUGAGGUUAACGAGCUCCUCUGGGCUGUGGGCCGUGCUCCCGAAGUUGAGGACCUCAACCUGGACAUUCCGGGCGUGAAGCUGAACGCCGCUGGCCACGUUGUGGUUGAUGAGUACCAGAACACCACCGUCGAGGGAGUUUACGCUCUUGGUGACAUGACUGGCCAAGCUGAGCUGACCCCAGUUGCUAUUGCCGCCGGCCGUCAACUCGGCAACCGUCUCUUCGGUGGCCCUGAGAUGAAGCACUCUAAGCUCUCAUACGAAAACAUUCCUACCGUUGUCUUCUCUCACCCUGAAGUUGGCUGUGUCGGUCUUACUGAGCCCGAGGCCCGCGAGCGCUACAAGAAGAUCAAGGUCUACUCAACUCGCUUCACUGCUAUGUUCUACGACGUCGGCCUGUCCCCCGAGGAGAAGGCCAAAAACCCCACACGCAUGAAGCUUAUCUGCGCCGGUGACGAGGAGAAGGUUGUCGGUCUGCACAUCCUUGGUCUCGGAGUUGGUGAGAUGCUGCAGGGCUUCGGAGUCGCUGUCAAGAUGGGUGCUACCAAGAAGGACUUUGACAGCUGCGUUGCUAUCCACCCCACCAGUGCCGAGGAGCUUGUGACUAUGCGGUAA